UCGUUGGUUUGCUUGCUAAAUUUGUGCCGGGAGUUUUCUUUUUCGGGCUGACUGUUACCAUCGAGCAAAUUACUUGAAAAUGUUUCGUCUUGAUAUUUUGUGUCAUACCCUGACUCUGUGAGACUUUCUGUGGCCUCGUCACUUUGUUGCAGCAGCAGCCAUCGUGGUGGUGCAAGUCGUUUUUGUUCAAGUGGUUGGUUAAAUUUCUUCACAUGAAAAUGUCAGUUGAUAAAGACGAAACACUUCAGAGGUUAAAGGCAGCAGUACACUAUACUGUGGGUCGUCUGUGUCAGAAGACGGGAGAGGACCACCGGAGAGAGUUCAGUCGACAAGUCGUAGCAGCAAUAGCUGAGACAACAUUCAGACAAUGCGAUAUAUUUGCCAAAGACCUGGAGGCCUUUGCAAGGCAUGCUAAAAGAAGCACAGUGACUGCAGAAGAUGUAAAGCUUGCAGCCCGUCGUAGCACUGCAUUGUCCAUCUACAUACAAAAUAAAAGUGAAGAACUGAACCAGGAGCAGAAGGAUUUGAAAAAGAAGAAUACUGGGAAGAGGAAGAGCAGAGAAACUGAGGAGGAAAGCAGAGAAUAAGGACAAGACACAGGCAGACCUGCAGUGUCUCACUUGUGCCCAACAUUCAAAUAAACAUGAAAGCUGACUAAUACAUGACAAUUCGUUAAGUGUCAUCAAAUGCCAAUGUCAUUCUUUUAUGGUUGUGUUUCAGCUGUAAUUUUUCUUACAAUUACAGUAAUUCCAUCAUAACUUUCUGAACGUUUAGACAAAUAACUUAUCUAUUCAGGGACCAGCUAAUGAAAUGUCAGAUAAUAGUACAUUUGGCACUGGUGAAAAAGACCAAAUGACCAGUGCUAAACAACUGCUAAACAAUUUUUUAAGCAUUGCCAAAGUGGCACUUACUACACAGAUUCUAAAGAUGACUUAAUCUUGCAUUUAAGUGGUUUAAACUGUUAGUUAUCUACCUAACGUGUUUCUCCUUUAAAGUGCAAGAAUUAUUGAUAUGAUUUGCACUUAGGGACAAUUUGAGACUUUUCAGACUGGCGAAUUACCCAUAACGUACAAGCUCAUCUACAAAUCCCCAUCACCAAUUCCAAGGCUCAGCAAUGUGUCAUUACUCCUUCAGCCACAUUGGGGACAGACAUCGUUCAGAGGGGUGAUGCCACAUUGCUGAGCUCAUCUGUUUAAGGUUAAAAGAAAGACAAAGACCCCCCCCAAUAACUUCCAUCUAACCUUAAAUGUAUCUGUGAAAAAUAUAAAGGAUAAUUCACUCUGACAAGCCAUUAAAAGCAGCAAAAAGACAGGUACUACCCCAUGUCAUGUCUGAGAAGGCCACACACUGAAAGUGUUGGAACUUCCGUCUUCGUCCUUCAGAACAGACUUCAGUCAGGGUUCAAACGGAGACCUCGACCAGCAGAGCCCAAGGUCCCUAGAUAUGUGAAUCGAAUUAGAUUUGUUUUUUUAUUUGACAAAUUGACUCAAGUAAUAUCAACUAAGCAUCUAUUCAAAUGAACUUUAUUAGAGAACUCCCUUCAUUUGACAUGUUUUUAAACACCCCACAAACAACAAGAGCUACUGGGAACCAUUGGACACACCACUCCACGUUCUCACACUAUCACUCGCGUCCCCCAGAGUCUUCAGCAGGUGUCAUCCACAUCAAGUACACACUUACAGAUCAGUUCGGUAACAUGAAAGCACACACCAUACAGCAUUCAAAUCAGAUAAUAUAAGCAAUACAAAUAUUCAUCACAACAUUCCACUACAUUUUGAUAUUUCUGCACUUGAUCGACAUACUUAAGAGUAAGGAAAAACUUGCAAAGAUUAAAAAAAAAAAUCUUGAAGUACUAAUUAAAGAAUGUCCAUG